AUGUCAGCGGGAGUAGCAGCGUGGCUGCCCUUCGCGCGGGCAGCGGCCAUCGGCUGGAUGCCGGUGGCCAACGCGCCCAUGCCCAUACCCCCGAAAGAAAGGCAGCGGGGACAGGACGGACUUAUCAUUCUUAAUGUAAGUGGCACUAAGUUUCAAACUUGGAGCGAUACUCUAGAGCGCUACCCGGACACGCUGCUGGGCAGCUCUGAGCGGGACUUUUUUUUCCACGAAGAGACAAAUGAGUACUUUUUUGACCGCGAUCCAGAUAUUUUUCGCCACAUUCUAAACUUCUAUCGCACAGGAAAACUGCACUACGCGCGCCAAGAAUGUAUAUCGGCGUACGACGAGGAGCUUUCCUUUUUUGGCAUCAUCCCGGAGAUUAUUGGGGAUUGCUGCUAUGAGGACUACAAGGACCGGCGGCGGGAGAACCAGGAGCGCAUACAGGACGAUGAGGAGUCGGACCAAGCCAACGAUCUCAUCUCCGCGGAUAUGUCUUUUAGGGAGACUAUGUGGCGCGCCUUUGAGAACCCACACACAAGCACAAUGGCUCUAGUCUUCUACUAUGUUACAGGCUUCUUCAUCGCAGUGUCAGUGCUGGCCAACGUGGUGGAGACUGUCCCGUGCGGGACAAUGCCCAACCGCGUAAAGGUUGUGUCCUGCGGUGAGCGCUAUGAGCUGGCUUUCUUCUGCCUGGACACCGCGUGCGUCAUGAUCUUUACUGUGGAGUACCUGCUGCGUCUGAUGGCCGCACCCAGCCGCUACAAGUUUGUCAAAAGCGUGAUGAGUAUUAUUGACGUGGUGGCCAUCAUGCCCUAUUACAUUGGCCUUGUCAUGACGGACAAUGAGGACGUAAGUGGCGCCUUUGUCACCCUGCGUGUCUUCAGGGUGUUCCGGAUUUUUAAAUUCUCGCGGCACUCGGCGGGUCUGCGCAUCUUGGGUUAUACACUUAAGAGUUGUGCCUCAGAAUUGGGCUUCCUGCUCUUUUCUCUCACUAUGGCCAUCAUCAUCUUCGCCACUGUCAUGUUUUAUGCGGAGAAGGGCUCCAGCGGCAGCAAGUUUACCAGCAUCCCCGCGGCUUUCUGGUACACCAUCGUCACCAUGACGACCCUAGGAUAUGGUGACAUGGUACCAAAGACCAUCAUGGGAAAGAUCUUUGGCUCAAUCUGCUCUCUGAGUGGAGUGUUGGUCAUCGCUCUGCCUGUGCCCGUCAUCGUGUCCAACUUCAGCCGGAUCUACCACCAGAGCCAGAGAGCCGAGAAGAGGAGAGCACAGAAGAAAACCAGGCUUGCUAGAAUUCUUGCCGUGAAGAGCGGAGAGGCUAACGCUUAUUUGCAGUACAAACAAACUCUGCAGCAGUUUGGAGCGAAUGAAGAGGUAACCGUGGAAAUGCAGUCUUCGACGGCUGGGAAAGCCCUGGUGUGCAAGACAAAUCCCAACUUUGAGGAACAUCACCAUCAUCUGCUGAACUGUCUUGAGAAAACCACAAACCAUGACUUUGUGGAUGAGAAGACAUUCGAGGCCAGCUUCAGGGAGGAGACUCUGGUGAAGCAGAUUUCUCGCACCUCCUCCAUCUCCUCCAGCUCUUCGGCUCACGGCCUGAGCUCCUGCUGUGCACGGAGGAAGAGGAAGAGCUUCAACGUCCCAAACUCCAACAUGUCAGUGGGUCUACAGGGCAGCCAGGAGCUCAGCACCAUACAGAUCAGAGAAAGACCACUGACCAACAGUCGCUCCAAUUUGAAUGCCAAGUUUGAAGAGACAGUCCCACUAAACUGUGAGCAGCCCUACACCACCGCAGUCAUCAGCAUUCUCACGCCCCCGGUCACUACGCCGGAGGGGGACGAGUCCGCUAGCUCCACUGACUACUCCCAUGCAAAUAUAGUCCGGGUAUCAGCCCUCUAGUCCUCUACGGGCUUCACCUUGUACCCUCAGACAAAGGACCCCAGCCGGAUGGCCCAAAGCUACAGACUGUGUGGGCGUGGCUUCAAGUGUUUGCAAUGAAAAAUGAUGGGUUAGCUUUUGCUUAGCUCUCUACUGGGGCAUUGCAUCAGUUUGUAUGCACCCAUUCUCAGUUAACCCCUUUACAGACUUUUCUUGAAGAAGAA